AUGGCACCAGGUAGUAUCGAGAUUCGUCACGAAGAGCUCAGCAUAGAGCAGGGCGAGCAUCACCAGAGUGCACCAGUGAGCAAAAGCUCGGACGAUCUGCUUGGCAGGCUCAGUCACGAAGUCUUCAAGUACGAUUGCUUGGACCGUAGACUAAAACGACACCAUGUCACCGGAAUCGCAUUCUCGGGUGCUGUUGGUGUUGGCCUAUUCCAAACUUCGGGACAGAUCAUCGCGUUAUCUGGUCCUGUCGGUGCUUUACUAGCGUACCUAUUCGCAGGUCUGACGAUUUUCGCGGUUAUGCGAUCGCUCGCGGAGAUGGCUAGUAUCAGACCGGUUUCUGGAGCAAUCAUGGACUAUCCGGACGUCUUUGUUGACGAGGCUCUGGGGUUCGCAGCUAUAACUCCACCGGCUUCUUCGAAGGCGGUGCUACGAUUGCCAUACCUGGCACUGGAGGUCAAAUCAUGGCUGUUUGGUGGGUGCAUGUCGUACAAUCUGAGUUCACCAUCCGCUGAUAGCGCCAGGACAUGCCUAACCAUCGCAAUGUUCCAAUUUAUGGGUGGUGAGAUAGUAUUAGUAACAGCAGCAGAGGCGGAGUCCCCACGCCGGGACUUGCCCACAGCAGCACGAUACAUGUAUCUCUUACCUGUGAGCUUGUACCUCGUUGUGAUCUUCUUUGUGGGACUUUGCGUCAAUUACUUGGAUCCCAGACUCCCGCAUCCGCAUGUGGAGUACUACUCACCAGGAUCUCGUCUUGAUGGCAUCACCACCGGUACCAGAAGUCCCUUCGUCAUAGUGAUUCAGAAUGCUGGAAUCUCAGGACUUCCAGGCUUUCUCAAUGCAGCCUUCCUGUUCUCGGCACUCACUGCUGCUAACUCUGCCCUUUAUGUUUCAAGUCGGACAGUCUUCUUUCUUGCACGAAAGAGCUCAUUCAAGUUCAUCAAGGAGACCGUGGGGCGGACUAACAAUGGCCAUACACCACUCGCGGCGAUUGUAAUCAGUUUCGUGCCUGGAGUGUUGGCAUUCCUCGCGAUUGGGGCGGCCAAAACGGAUGUCCAAGAGGUUUGA